AUGUACAAGCAGCUGCAAGGUCAAGAAGAUCCGACCGGAUAUGCACGCAGGGCAGAAAGGUCCCCAAGGGCCGCAUCCAUGGAUGCCAAGCAGUACGAGAACUCUACAAUCGAAGGCGAAUCGGAUAUAUCGAACUCGAAGCCUCCUACCUACGAGCUGGUCAACGACAAAGCAUACCACGAUGACGACUUUCUCCUGCUGGCAAGAACUCCGGAGCCUGGCUGUCCCGUCCCUACAAAGAAGCGCUUCUUUACAGGAUGGCGCAUGGGUGCGCUCGCAUCGGCUACCUGCGCCAUAUUAGUGUUCAGCAUGAACCUCGCGGUCACAAUCUGGGCCUGGAAGAACCCCGAUUACGAGCAUGCGAACGGCGUUGGGACAUUAAUUCAAGGCAGCUGCUCUACUGUUAGAGAAGUGAACGUCUACGUCCACUUGGUCGUGAACAUACUCAGUACCUUGUUGCUGUGCAGCUCGAACUACUGCCAACAGAUCCUUGCCGCGCCGAAUCGAGAAGAGCUGGGGCGUGCGCACGCACGGCGAAACUGGUUGCACAUCGGCGUUCCUAACCUCCGCAACCUAUGGCAUGUUGGAAGGGAUCGCUCUGUGUUGUGGAUUUUGUUGUUUCUCUCGUCUGUACCGCUACAUUUGUUGUUCAACUCCGUUGUCUUCACAAACCUGCAGGCAAAUGAGUAUGCUGUCAUACCGACGACGCCUGACUGGGUGAUGUCUACGCAAGAUGUUUACGACACCUCGGGCUUUCUGGAUAUCAGCACAAACGCAACAGAAGUGAUCUCCUCAACAAUUAGGGGCCAAUAUAGAUUCGACCCCUCUGAUGCGGUCGCGUUGAGGAAUGGCAGCUCGAUGCCCAAAUACAGGAACGUCAGCACAUCCGAAUGUCUUGAAACAUACGGUACCCACCCAACGGUUCUGCGGAACGCUACUGCCUGGGUCGGUCGACGUUAUCGGAACGGCUUUUUCGAAUGGGUUCCUAGAACACCAGAGACGAUAGAAGAGGACCGCAAGAACGAUACAUAUGUUACCGAAGCUCCAAACCAACAUCUCCCGUUCAUAAGCGACCCUAACGAUGAGACCGCGAUUCCAAGCAAUCGAUCAGCGUGGCAGCCAUUCGAAGUACCCGUGGCCUACUGCACUAUCGAACAAGUCGAAGAGUUUUGCAAGCUGCAAUUCAGUUUUACCAUCGCCACAGCAGUUAUUGUGGCCAACCUUGUCAAAGCGGUUUGUAUGAUACUGUUGCUUUUUCUGUACUGGGAUCAUGGCGCGCUUGUAACCAUAGGAGAUGCGAUCGCGGCAUUUCUCGAAGAUCCGGAUCCCGAAACCUACGGUCGCUGCCUGCACACCAAACGAGACGUCGGUCUCCGAUGGAACUGGAACGAAUACGCUAGCAUUCCGAAAGUGGCACUCGACACUGAGCCCGCGAGAUUCAAGAUGAGAAGAAGGAGGUGGGCUAGAGCUCCGAGCACCAUGCGAUGGUGGCAGACGUACUCUGCAUACACCAUCAUUGCUGGGCUCGGUGGACUCUGCAUAGCACUUUCCUUGGAAGGCAUGCCCAAAGACCCUGUAAAACUGUGGAAGACAGGGUUUGCGACAGUCAACGGCAACAAUCUCCUGGACUUCAGCACAUCACUGAUUCCGGGCGUGCUUUUGGCAAAUACACCUCAAUUAGUCCUCUCAUACUUGUAUAUCGCGCUAAAUGCUCUCUACACAAACAUGUUCGUCGCAGCGGAGUGGGCAAGCUAUGUCAAAACACGGAAAUCACUCCGCGUUACAUCGCCCACUGGCUUCCAACGCGACUCGUACUGGCUCAACGUACCCUUCCGCUACGCUAUCCCCAUGACCAUCAUGUCAGGUCUCUUCCACUGGCUCGCGUCACAAAGCAUAUUCAAAGUACAAAUCUCCAUCACUGACAUGCACACGCGCAAAGCCGCUAGCGAAGUCUCAACAUGUGGCUAUUCCCCCGUCGCUAUCAUCCUGACUACGGUCGUUGGUUUCACCAUCGCAGCUGGCGGUCUCGUCAUCAGCAGGUUCUGGCCCUUUGCAACCAUGUCACCUCCUACCAGAACAUUGAUCGCGCUACUGAAGCUCCUCACCAACUAG